AAGGACGGAGGGACGAGGACAAUGGGUGCCGGUGGGGUUUCUGCCCAAGCCCUGCUGUGGCUCAACCUGUUCAGCUUGAUCUCUCUGGUGUCUCCCCUUAACCCGGAUGACCCCAACGUCUGCAGCCACUGGGAGAGCUAUGCAGUGACCGUGCAGGAGUCUUACGCUCAUCCAUUUGACCAGGUCUACUACACGCGCUGCACCGACAUCCUCAACUGGUUCAAAUGCACCAGACACAGGAUCAGCUACAAGACGGCGUACAGACGAGGCGUGAGGACCAUGUACAGGCGACGCUCUCAGUGCUGCCCAGGCUUCUAUGAAAGUGGAAACCUGUGUGUUC